AUGAGAAGCAAAGAAAUAAAGAAACUAAAUGCGCAAAUCGCGUGGUGUAAAGGAUUUACAACUAAAAUAGAGAAACUUUUAAACGAACCGGACAAUCCUUUGGAUCUAGAAUCAGCAAUAAUCAGAUUAGAACAAACUGAAGCAAACUUCAAAAAAUACAAUGACUUAACUCUGGAGCUAGCCAUAUUAACAGAAAAGGAUUCAUCUGAAGACUUUGAUGACCACGAUGAACACGAGGAGAGAACCAUAAAAGUCAUCUCACAAUUACGGAAGAUAACCUCAAAAGCGCCCACAACCAAUACGUCGUCGGCAUCGUCGAAAACAAAAGUAGAAGAUACGGACGUAACCAGUCAUCAUGGUGGAGUGCGGUUGCCGGAGAUCGACAUCCCCACGUACGACGGGAAGGAUUACACAAAAUACGUCGCGUUCAUCGAGCUCUUCGACGCGAUAAUAGACUCCAGUGACAAGUUAAAACAAGUGCAAAAACUAUACUACUUGAAAAAAUACCUGAAAGGUGAAGCAUUAGCGUUAAUUGAAGGUCUUCCAUUAACCUGCGAAUCAUAUGUUAAAGCCAGAGAGCUAAUUAAAUUGCGGUAUGACAAUAAAUUUCUGGUAAUAAACAAUCAUAUCCAGGCUAUAAUAGAUAGCACACCCAUUGUAAAAGGUACUGCAAGCAACCUGCGGGACGUGGUAGCCAAUACUCGUCAACAUCUAGGAGCCCUUAAGGCACUGGGUCAGCCAAUAGAGCAAUGGGACUUAAUUGUACUAACUAUUAUCUUAAAAAAGGUGGAUCAGUUUUCAUGCAGAGCCUAUCAUCAAGAAAGGGACAGUGACAAGAUGCCAAAUCUCGAAGACUUCUUGUCAUUUCUGGAGAGGAGAGCCAGCAGCUUUGAAGAAAGCCAACAAAGCGAAGACCGUGACCUACGGGCAAAAAAGUUCGAGUUUCCUGGCAACAAGAUGUCUAGAGGAGCUGGCGACAAGGUAUGAGGCAGAGCUUCCUAAAGCAGCAGAGGUGGUCCGCACUGCAAUGUAUGUGGAUGAUGCACUCUUCGGAGCAGACUCCAUCAAGGAUGCAUUGGAGGUAAGAGACCAAUUUACUAACUUGCUGUCUCAUGCAGAUUUCCAUCUGCACAAAUGGGCAGCCAAUGAUCCCGAACUGCUAACUGAUAUCUCUCCUGAAUCUUGCUAUGCUGAUGAUCACCAGCUCUCCAUGAAAACUGAUCUCAAAGCCUUAGGCAUGGUAUUCAAUCCCAAUCAAGAUGUUUUCAAAAUUAACUAUCCCAACAAAGACAUACAACAUUGGGACAAGCGCUCAAUCCUUAGUUUCAUUGGGUCCUUUUUUGAUCCCUUAGGGCUAGCAGGCCCUAUAGUAGUUAGGGCAAAACAAUUUCUACAGGAUCUUUGGAGGCAAAAUUUGGACUGGACUUCUCCAAUACCAGAGGAAUUCUUAAGCAAAUGGAUUAAAUUUCACAAAGAAAUAUUGGAGAAGCCAACUAUACAAAUAAAAAGGUUAGUAAUGCCUACCAAGGAUCAAGUAGAAAUCAUAGGGUUUUGUGAUGCCUCGGCCAAAUCUUAUGGGGCAUGCAUAUAUGUAAGAACUUUUCAGAAUGGAAAGGCUACCAUGAACCUGCUAUGCAGCAAAUCAAAAAUAGCCCCGAUCAAAAAUGAACUCACAAUUCCAAAAUUAGAAUUGAACGCAGCGGUGUUGCUUGCAAAGUUAUUUGACAAGAUAAAACAAAUUUUGACCAAUAUACAAAUAACUGAUAUAUACUUACUAUCUGACUCAAAAGUAACUUUAUGCUGGAUAAAGUCAAAAAAAGAAUUACCUGUUUAUGUCAAAAAUAGAGUACAGAUAAUACAUAAUUUAACUAGUAAUUGUAUUUGGAGCCAUAUUGGUGGAGCAACCAACCCGGCUGAUACCUUAUCUAGAGGGUGCAGUCCUCUUGACCUCGCAAAAAAUGACUUGUGGUGGCAUGGCCCAAGUGACUUUCUGGACUCUAACUACCAUCCCCAGCCAUUCACAGUCACAAACAGCUCAGAAAACAUCAAUGAGACUGUCAGCAGCCAUCUGGCCUGUUUGAUUGCUACACCAAAUGAGCCAGAACUAUUUAAAAAAUACUCAUCAUGGAUAAAGUUGCAAAGAGUAGUUGC